AAUGAAAUUGGAAAAGAAAGAUAAGGACGAACAGUUACACUCCAAAAUCUGGAAAUUCAAUUCCCAAUUCAUUCUUUUCAUCAAUAAAAUCCAAUUCCCAUAUAUUUCUCCAUAAAUUCUAAAAUAGAAAAUUCCCAUCUCUCUUUUACAAUUUAUUGAAAUCUGAGCCGUUGAUCUUCUGCGUCAUCCGAUUAGGCCUCCGUUUUGAUCUUCGUCGCUAUCAUGGAGGUCCGAUCAAACCCCACCGCCGAAAAUUCCUCUGACCAAUCGCCGCCCGGUCGCAACCGUCGACCAUCCGCCGCCUCUUCCAAGAAGUCUCUCGCUUCUCCUCUUCCUGUUGACACAUCAUCCGUUUCUCAGAGAUUACAGAAGGAGUUAAUGGCUCUCAUGAUGAGUGGAGGAGAUCUUGGAGUAUCUGCUUUUCCUGUUGCGGAGAGUAUUUUUACUUGGGUUGGCACAAUUGAAGGUGGAAAAGGAACUCUGUAUGAGGGUUUAUCUUAUAAACUCUCCUUACGUUUUCCCAUGGACUAUCCUUUUAAACCACCCCAAGUGAAGUUUGACACAAUGUGCUUUCAUCCAAAUGUUGACCAGUUUGGCAACAUAUGUCUGGACAUCCUUCAGGACAAGUGGUCUUCAGCAUAUGACUGUAGAACUAUUCUUCUGUCUAUUCAAAGUCUAUUGGAAGAGCCUAACCUGGAGAGUCCUCUAAAUAGCUACGCCGCAGAGCUUUGGAAUGAUAAAGAAGAUUUUAGGAGAAUGGUCCACAAACAGUAUUUAGCUGGAGAAGCACCUGAAAGUUGAUUGAUGCAAUUCUAAAGUAAGACCAAUUAUUUUUCGGACUUUAGUUGUAAAAUAACAUUUGUUAAAAGAAAUUUUCUGCAGCCUAUACAUAUUCCCAUUUUUUUUUAUGAUACUUUGGUAUUGUAAUAUGAAACUACAUAAAUCCUCAGGAAAUCUUCUGAUGACUCUGUAAAAGUUGUAAAAUAAUUUGAUUGAAAGGUGCAAAACAAUUCAGUCGCCGUGAUUAUGUGGCUUACACCAUUA